GAAAUGACAUCAACCCAUUCGGACGAUGAUGAAGUUGAAGUAGUUUCAAUACAUUCUGGCAGUACCCAGAGCAAUUAUGAACCUUCCAUGACAAGUGAAUCCCCUCUUAAUCAGAAAGCCGAACCUGGCGGGCACAAAUUUUCCCAGGAAUCACAAAAACAAAGAACGUUUGUUCCUACAAGAUCUCAUUCCAAGGCGUUCCAAGCAGCAAUUAAAGCAGCUGAUGCAUUUAGGUCUGAGAAUCCAUUCUACAGGGUCAUUAUGCAAGCCUCAUAUAUAAAGGCAUACGUAAGGGUACCUAAUGAUUUUGCAAACUCAUAUUUGAGAAACAUAACACAGUCAGAGAUCACUCUUGGAAUCUCAGAUGGGAGAACAUGGGAGGUUGGAUAUGUUUUCCGAACACCGACUGAAAGCAGGCUAUCUCGGGGCUGGUGUAGAUUCGUCGCAGAUAAUCAUUUGAAGGAAGGCGAUGUCUGUGUCUUUGAACUAGUCGAUAGGGAAAAAAUCCAGAUGACUGUUCACAUUUUCCGACAACAAAAAAGAUUUGCCAGGAAUACUCCUGAAAUAAAAAAUUAUGCCGCGGGAUUCCAGGCAACGCUUGAAGCAGCCAAAGAGUUUACGUCUGAGAAUCCGUUCUUCAAGGUCGUUAUGCACAACGCAUAUAUAAAUAGAGGAACAGUGACGGUACCUGCUGUUUUUGCAACAUCGCAUUUGACGAAUAUAAAACAGAUGGUGAUCACUCUUAGGGUUUCAGAUGGAAGAACAUGGGAAGUCUUAUAUGUUUCUCAAACACCAACUAAUGGAAGGAUAUGUCAGGGCUGGGGUGAAUUUGUUGCAGAUAAUAAUCUGAAGGAAGGCGAUGUCUGUGUCUUUGAACUAAUUGAUCGGAGGAAAAAUUUCGAGAUGGAUGUUUACAUUUUCCGACUAAAAUAUAGUAUAGACUAGAGUAUAUAUGAACAUACUACUAGAGAAACGCACAAGCUCCAUGUACACAUAUAUGUACAGUAAUUUUGCGACGGAAGUACUAAAUACCACUGUAGUCUGUAUAUAGUACCUUUAUUUUACUUGAAUACUGUUCUCGAAUUUAU